GCUACAAUCCAAGUCUCUGGAGUUAGCCACACAGCUAGCCAUGAGCUAACAAGUUGCUAACUGAAUCUUUUUAUUUUGCCGCCACAGUUAAGCCUUCGUCGAGCGUUUUGCCAAAGCAAAUAUUAUUUAAAUUACCGGAAUUAUCACUGAGCCUUUUGUUCCCCCUGGAAUCCUUUUACCAUCUUCAUUUCACAAUUCUCUCCCUGCUGUGAACUUUCUCCCUCUGACAUCUGCAUCUACAGAGUCAUGGCAGCUGCAAAGCCAAAAGGGCAGAACUCUCUUGCCCUCCACAAAGUGAUCAUGGUGGGCAGUGGAGGAGUGGGGAAAUCCGCCCUUACUCUGCAGUUCAUGUACGAUGAGUUUGUUGAAGACUAUGAGCCCACUAAAGCAGACAGUUACAGGAAGAAAGUGGUGCUGGAUGGAGAGGAGGUGCAGAUUGAUAUCCUUGACACAGCCGGCCAAGAAGACUAUGCAGCCAUUCGGGAUAACUACUUCCGCAGUGGCGAGGGUUUCCUCUGCGUAUUUUCCAUCACAGAACUGGAGUCGUUUGCAGCAACAGUAGACUUCAGAGAGCAGAUUCUGCGAGUGAAGGAGGACGAGAAUGUACCCUUCCUCUUGGUCGGUAAUAAGUCAGACUUGGACGACCGGCGGCAGGUCAGCGCAGACGAGGCGAAGGCACGUGCAGAGCAGUGGGGGGUUUGCUACGUGGAGACUUCUGCAAAAACCCGUGCCAACGUCGACAAGGUGUUUUUUGACCUGAUGAGAGAGAUCCGGGCAAGAAAAAUGGAGGACAGCAAAGAGAAGAACGGGAAGAAGAAAAGUAAAAGUUUGGCUAAGAGAAUUAGAGAGCGGUGCUGUAUUUUAUAGUGGUGAAGGAGAGCAGGCUGGCUGCGUCUGUACAUAUACAUUUCUCAGACUUUUGCAUUUAUUUUGUGCCCGAACCUGACCAUGACUUUCUGUUCCUGGUUAACAGGACAUCUGACCGUGUGUCAGGAAGUAGUAAGGUGGCACUCCAUACACCAUUUAUAGCUCUAACUUUUUAUGUGCUGACACUCUAAAUAAUUUAUGUACUCUCAUUCUCUCUCUUACUCUGACCACAUUACAGAGUUUAAUAGAUGGAUGGUGUUUUAAUUUAGGCCUAAGCUUGACAAGAGGCCAAGCCCUGAAAUGUCCCUAAACCUUUCAUUGUAAAGUUCAGUGUGUAUAAUAUCCUCAGACAACUGUGCAGUGCAAGUUCAAGUAAAAAGAAAAUGGAAGUGUCAGAGGCGAGGUUCAAAUGGGGAAGAUGGAACCGAGCUCUAUAUACUGGAAAGCCCCAAUCCAUGUAAUGAAUCAAGCAUCGUUGUUAGGAAAGAUUAGUUCAGCAGUAUUUUGUCAACCCAGGGUUCGUCAAGUGCCACCACGGAAAUGUAUGUAGCACGGGUGAACCGGUAAAGGAUUUUCAUUUAGAGACUGUUUCUUUAUCUUUAGCCAGAGCUGAAUUUUGAUGCCAUUCCUCUGUUGUUUUACACAUCAAUCUUCCUGUGUAGUAUGUUAUCAGUGAAUUCAAACUUUUAUUUUCAUCCCCUUUCAUAUAUCCUGUGAACCUGUGUAAAAUAAGCGCACUGUCUCCAUUUUCAUCCUCUUUCCCAGUCACUUUGUUUUCUCAAAUUCACACAUUCAUCAUUACUGUUCAACAUUUUGAGGGAUUUUUCAACACUUGAACUUCUUUCAAUUUUAACAUUUCAGAAGUUUUACCUCUCUUGGCUAAUGAGAUUCAUUGCCUCUCUUUUUUGCGAUACAGGAAUCCCUGGUGCUUUCAUAAGAGGUGAUUCCAUAACACUACAUCCUUUACAUGCUGUUCUGACACCUAUCGAUGAAACCAAUCGCUUCCAGACUUGUAAAGAUUUCUUUUGCCAAUCUAACUUUUACCUGGCUGAGACUUUUAUUCCACAACUUUCUAUUUUUUAUUAAAUGCAUUUCUUAAUUAGAAAUAAAGUGGGGAUAAAUGAAUGGAUAUAUAAAUAUUAAGGGUGGAAAACACUGAAAAUGAAGCUUGAUGCAAGUGAGGUGGUACUUGUCCAAAAAAUGCUGCCACUCACCAAAGAAAACUGCUAGCUAGUACAAACAAGUGCCCACUUACCAAUUCUAGUGAAUGACAUCUUGCCAUAGUUAGCAUAACAGGUCAGCACGACAAUGUUUGCAUCUUCGUGAAAGAUGGACGGGCUUCAGGGGAAGCAGGAGGAUUUCAUUUUGGAUCGCCUGUGAAAUAAAUACAGGGUUACGAGGGCUUUAGUAAUUCUUGUGCAGUGCGUCACUGUUGCCUCUCUGUCCGUUGUGAAUGUGAAUAAUCCCCACUCACUUGUCCUGUUUGCCUGUAAAUCUUCACCUGCCAGUGCUGUGCAGAGUUUAGAAGUCACUGAUGUUCUACUUUAUUCAUUUUGCUUCAUUUUUGUGCCAGGCUAUCCUGUGUUUUAUAAUGCAAUGCUGUAGUAAUAGCUUAAUGGAUAAACCCAUGUCUCAUUUUGUCUUGCUCGUGUAGUUGAAUGAUUUUAGAGGUAAGUUUAUGUUGAAGCAGUGUAAAAAAAAAAAAAAGAGAGAGAGAAAAGAAAUUGACAGUGCAUGGUUAAUGACUAA